AUGGGCAGCCGCAUGAAGCAGACGCUUCACGAGCGUCGCAAAGGGGAACUCGCUCUCUCCGACUUCGCCGACUACGUCGAGAAGCAACAGGCAAAGAACCGCUCCAAGUCCAUUGCGAGCGACAGUGGCUACUCCACCGGCGGUCACUCCUCCAUCACCGAAGACCACGCAGAGCUCGAUAUUCUUGAUCAAUUAGGUCUAUCCGAUGGCCCGAGCCAGGUGAAGUUGAAAGACUGGCUGCUCGAUACGUCUGAAGACGCGGAUAGCACUCUCCAACAGCUGGCUGGACUCAUUCAAUCGAGGAUUGACGAGGGCCAUGGAGAAACACUAUUUGAUUUAGGUCUUGAAGACAAUGGCGAGUCGAUGGAGCUCACGAAACUGCAAUGGGAGCUUGCGCUUCGAAGAAUCACCGAAGCGGCGAACUUGACCAAAGCCGCGGUCCGGGUAUUACUCACGUACAACGUUGGGGGCCCUGAAGAAGCGAACACGAAGAACAUAAAGGAUAAGACAAGCCAUGGCAAGUUACUGAUCCGGCAGACACCACCGACGGCAGAGGAGGUGAUCGAGACUCGGAUCGCCGUGGUGGGCAAUGUGGACGCCGGAAAAUCCACCAUGCUGGGCGUGCUUGUGAAGGGUAACCUGGACGAUGGUCGAGGCAAAGCUCGAGUCAAUCUAUUCCGCCACAAGCACGAGAUAGAGUCCGGGCGGACGUCCUCGGUGGGUAUGGAGAUAAUGGGGUUCGACACCCAGGGCGAGGUCAUCACGUCCACCGUUCCAGGCCGCAAGCUGACUUGGGGCGAAAUCGGCACUCGGGCAGCGAAGGUCAUUACUUUUACUGAUCUGGCUGGUCACGAAAAGUAUCUGCGGACCACGGUCUUCGGCUUACUCUCUUCGGCGCCCAACUACUGCCUUCUGAUGGUGGCAGCGAACAAUGGCCUGAUUGGAAUGUCCAAGGAGCAUCUCGGUAUUGCGCUUGCCUUGAACGUCCCUGUCAUGGUCGUCAUCACUAAGAUCGACAUCUGUCCUCCUCAAAUUCUCCAAGAGACGAUCACGCAAUUGACGAGGAUCCUCAAGUCUCCAGGCGCGCGGAAGAUCCCAAUCUUCAUCAAGAAUCAUGAAGAGACCGUGUUGACAGCCACGCAGUUUGUCUCUCAACGGAUAUGCCCCAUCUUCCAGGUUUCCAACGUCACCGGAGAAUGCUUGGACCUUGUCCGGACCUUCCUCAACAUUCUACCUCACCAUGGCCAUUAUGACAGUGAAGCGCCCUUCGAGUUCCACAUCAACGAUACAUUUUCGGUUCCUUUCGUUGGCACGGUGGUGUCUGGAGUGGUCAAGUCGGGAGUCGUACAUGCUGGGGACACUGUCCUCGUAGGUCCUGAUUCACUUGGUCAAUUCCAGACAACGAGUAUUCGGUCUAUCGAGCGCAAGCGGAUUCAAGUCCCCGCAUGCAGCGCUGGCCAGUCGGCCUCAUUCGCACUGAAACGGAUACGGCGAAAAGACGUACGCAAAGGCAUGGUUGUGCUUCCGAAACUCGAAACUCCUCCCAUGGUCUACAGGGAGUUUGUUGCCGAGGUGCUGAUUCUGUCUCAUGCCACCACUAUCCGGCCAAAGUAUCAAGCAAUGCUCCAUGUCGGCCCUGUCAGCCAAACAUGCGCCAUUAUUGAGAUUGACCGCGAGUAUAUCCGCACCGGCGACCGGGCCACGGUGGCUUUCCGCUUUGUGCAGCGACCAGAAUUUCUCACCGUCGGAGAACGGAUCCUCUUCCGGGAGGGAAGGACGAAGGGCUUGGGCAUUGUCAAGUCCCUGGGCUUCGAACAAGGCUCGCUAAAUCGGCAAAGCGCGCCGCCGAAUAUAGGGGACGGGGCGGAAGCCAAAGAAAAGCAAAAGAUGGAGGAGAACACAACCGAAGGUGCCAAACCUCGGACGGCGACAGCAGCGAACGGGAAGGCGAGGUAG